AUGGACGACAACCCCGCUGAUCAACUCAGCAAACUAGCCCCCAUACCCGAGUGCAGCUCCGAAGAAACGAGCCCGACAACUACCCAACCGGGUGAGUCAAACCUCGAGAAAAUGAGAAAUACCGUCGAUCCAAUCGAUGAACCAACUAUACAAAUACCAGUAGAAAUCAACAGGGUGUCCUUCCCACUCAGGUCAAGGAAAACCAAUAAGGUCCUAGACGUUAUUGUAUUAGAUUCGGACUCCGAACAGGAGAUACCACGCAAAACCACUAGGAAAAGCCCAAACGAAGCCGGAUCCUAUAAAAACAAAAAUCCCGACAUUUCAGGCAACGACGCGGACAUCGAAUCAAACGGAGAAUCCGUCCCGGACGCCCCAAAAAUGUUCGGCCCGCUAGACGAGGCAAGACUUCUCGAAGAAGAGCUGGACUACUCCGAGGAACCGAUGGACACGAGCGAUGCACCUCCGGAAAACGACCCAAAUACCGAGAUGGAAAGCAGCGACAAGGACCAGGCCGAAGCCACAUUGGCCGAGACGAACGAGGAAGAAAAACCCGACGACCAAAACCCCUUCGCGGAAUUCGUAGUUGAAGCCGACGACGACGAGACAGAUGAAGAAGACGACGAUGAGUUCCUACAGCGUUGGACAGAAGCAGAGGAGCGCGAGAAAAAUGCAGCCUGGCCGACACUACCGCCACUUCUCCCCGAUGUAGCGGACCAUCCCAACCCAAACUGGUGCAGCCACGUUCUCGCCGCGCUGACUGAAGAACGCCCGGGUAUGACGAAGGAGGAGCUGGACAGUAUCGCGAUCAACCCCCAUUUCGGCCGAAUACCCACACACUCAAUUAAACAAAUGAGGAAGUGCACCAAUUUUCGCGAAAUGCACGCGAUAAUGCCAAGAUGCAAGGACAAACUGAUCGAGCUGCCGGGCCUUGGACGAUUGGCCGACAUCUCGAAGCUCCAGGAUUACUCAAGACGUUUGGUCGAAUACUAUACAGCCAACCCAGGAGCCCAAUCCUUUGAAGCCCCGAGCGGAGAUGUGGCCCAGAAGCCAUCGGCCACAGGAAUCAAGCCAAUCGACCUGGACCCGAACAUGCCAGUCCUCUACAAGGUCAUCGGACUUCGACCAGGAAAAGCCUACCUACUAGAGUCGGUCCACUACGAAACGUCUAUGGGAUGCGAGGAACUACGAUACAUCACACUCGACCGGAAAAGCUGGGACAAGAGGAAUGACGUUAAAGGAAUCUUCCAAACCCAACUGGCCAUCGGAGAUUUCGUCUGGGUGAACGACCUCACUAUACCAGACGUAUUUCUGAAGAAAGGCACCAUCAAAGCCGGCUUGGAAUCGGCGUGUACUCGAGGAUUGCCCACACCACAAAUAGAACCGCUCUUCCGCGCUUCUAAAUUCGAGUUGGUGACUCCAGCUACGAAGGCCAACCCCAGACCGUGCUACAUGAUACACGCCCAGCCAGGAGCAGUCUCACACCGGAGAAACCAUCAGUUGGCAGUUAUGGGAGAAGGCCGCGCCGUCCGAGUCAGCCACGACCUGAUCGUCGACCAACACCGAAGCCGCUUCACGAGCAACGGGCUCUAUAUGUGCACCGCCAGGCAGAGGAUCAGCGGCUCGCGGUACCUAUGCAGCAUCCCCAUAUCAAAGGAGGCGGAAGCGAAGGUGCUUGAAUACAUCCGGAACGACGAGCCAACCCAAUUUACCGAAGCACCGACGCCGACGAUGGUGUAUCGAAUGGCAGACGAAAUCUGGGAGCAGUACCAGGACAAGAUCGACACGUUCAGAGGAUACCGAAAAGACCCCAACCUGGGCUGCGCCAUACUGAAGGAGACCCUAACAUUGGGGAUCUCAGCUGAAGAGGCCAAAGAAAACGAGGCCAGGGAUACACGACAAUGGCUUACGUCAGUGUCCUUCGAGCAAAUCGCCGCAGACGGAAACACCGUGAUAAGAGCCCACUUCGAGAUUGAAGGCAAGACGACCGAAGGCGACUGGACGAAAGGAGCCGAUCUCAUCAUCAGCCUCGUAGGCGAUCGGCCGCACCCUGUCAUGGCGCGCCUCUCGGAAAUGCGUUUCUCGGGAAGCCCAAUCAACAAAGCACACUGCUCAGCCAUCCCUAGCCUUCAGGACGUCCCAAGACUGGUCCACCACCUGGAAAACCCAGGGCCGUUCCCCGCUAAAGUCUAUCUACUAGACGAACAAACACGUUCAUGGAUCCAGAAAACACUCAGCAAGGGAUUUCGAGACCUUACCCCGACAGACCCAGCCUAUCAAACGAUCGACAUCAUUUACGGUACCCAACGUGGACGGGCACAUCUGGACGAAAUGCCGACCACCCAGAAGAUCCCACAACUGACACCGGAUAUUCCGUCAAACAUCCGGAUCGAUGGCCGAAACCGACCUUUGACCGCAACACAGCAGAUGACCAUCGCCCUAUUGGCCAGUAAAACCCCGAUCGGCGCACUUCAGGCCCCAUUCGGCACGGGCAAGACGACCUCUAUAGCCGCAGCGGUCCACCAUGUCUCUCGACGCCCAGAAGCACGUGUGGUGGUCACAGCAACCACAAACAAUGCGGUCGCCCAGCUGACAGAUGCGAUUUUACGGCUCAACACACCGGACAAUCAGCGGAACGUUCACCGAUACCGCGCCGAGGCUCUGACCGAAACCAUAACAACUCGUGCUGAUAUCGUCGAGCUCGCUGGAGAAUUGUUGAAUGAUCGAUCUACUCGACUAUCAAGCUCAGAAAGAAAAACACUCCGAACAUUCAUCGAGGGAAGGCGUUUGAUAAUGGACUAUAUGGCCAAUUUGUUGACGGACCCCGAACAAAUCACGAAAGCAGAACGAGCAAUGAUGCUGGAAUCAGCCCCCGGAAUCAACGCGGUGGCCGUCUACGAGCUGAUCAACCGCUGGAAGCCUUCACACAUCCUGGCCGCAACAAUCGACAGUCUGAUCGGGCUGUCAGAGGGUUUGUGGGAAGAUCAAUUGAAAGAAAUCACGGCCAUCGUGAUUGACGAAGCAUCACUACUCUCCGAAGCCGCGUUUAUUGCACUGACAUGCCAUUUCCCCAAGGCCCAAAUCUUCCUUGUCGGAGACAUUCGUCAGAGCCGACCCUUCACGACGCUGGGACUGCAAAGCUGGCCCAUGGACUUUGGCCUGCGUGCUUCACUGGCCGUAGCGCUGAACGCCCGAACAACGCCGACCAUCUUCUACGAGAAGUCAUGGCGAAGCCACCCCCAUCUGAUGAGCUACGCUUCGGAAUUGUUCUACUCAGCCAGACUCACAACGGAUGUGAAGCCUGAAGACCGCCCCGUUUUCCGAAACUUGGCACUGCGACUGCCAACGCCCGGGGCCCCCUGCGUCUUCGUCGUCUACGAAGGAAUCGCCGAACGCUCCACCGUCGGGAGCCUGUCAAAUGUCCAAGAAGCAAGACACGCACUGGAAAUCUUGAAAAGAAUCCGCGCCAGCUGCCCGAACGAAGAAACGACGCUGAUAAGUUAUUAUAACGCGCAGACCGAGCUCCUCGAACAGAUGACGCGCAACACAACUCUCGCCAACGUCAGGAAGGCAAGCGUAGAAAGGAGCCAAGGAUCCGAGACCGGGAUUACAUUGCUGCUCACGACGAGAUCAUCAGCGGCAAUG